CUCGGCGCUCGCGCUCGUGUGCCCGUCGCGCUUCCCCUCCGGCGCUCUCUGCACGCUGCCGACUCUCUCCCGACGGUCAGCGCGGGACAGCCCGGCCCAUCUUCUCCGUCGCAUUCACUCCGAAUUCACUCCCACAGGCCUGUCCUCGGCGAGAAUAGCCUGGUACAUCAAUCUCGAUUCACCGGGGCUCGAGAACGGGACAACAGAACAUGUCUGCAGAAGCCUCCUCCUCCAGGAGUGCGCGCGCGAAGCAUCCCGCUUCAGCGCCCCCAGCGGGCAUAGAUGACGUCGAGAAGCUCCUCAGCAGAGAGGCAACCGCCUUCCAGCGCGAGAUAGAAGUCGAGCGCAUACUCAAAGCAUUCAAGCUGAACCCGUACGAGAUAUUAGACUUGCAGCAGGAUGCCUCAGCAGACGACAUCAAGAAGAAGUACCGGCAGCUCUCGCUCUUUAUCCAUCCUGACAAGAAUCCCCACGCUCGUGCACCAGAUGCCUUCGAACUGCUCAAACAGGCCGAGUCUCAGCUCUCCGAAAAACCAAAGCGUGAAGAGAUAGAUGCGGUCAUUAACCAGGCUCGCAUCGUUCUGCUCAAAGGCAUGCAGCUCCCCACCACAACACCGGAUAACGACCCUAAGCUGAAGGGGUUGAAUCCUCCCUGGCAAGAACAAUUUUUGGCGAAAGCCAAGGAGCUAUUGAUUGAGGAAGAGGUCCGGCGGAGGAAGGCGAUAAAGAUGAACCUGGCGAAUGAGGGUCUCGAGGCGAAGAAAAAGGAAGACGAGGUCACCGCCAGAAAGCGCAAGGCAGAGGAGGACGCACAGUGGGAAGAAACACGCGAGCAACGUGUAGGUAGCUGGCGGUCAUUCGCGCAGGGCAAGUCGAAGAAAAAGAAGCAGAAGGUCGCCAUCCUCGGGUGAGCUUCUCGCAUGACUUAGAUACGUCUGCUUGCGUGCCACCGGAUCCCGGAACGCUGUACAAGGGACUCUACCUAUCUCGACCGAGUUGUAUCUCAUUCCAUCGUUCUCCGCAUGUAGUAUCUGCACAUACUGUAUUAUUAUAAUCUGUUAAAUAGAACGCUCGGUUAUACACCUGCCGAUUCAUACACAAC